AUGGCCUCAGUUGUUACUGACUUCGUGCAAGAGUACAAAAGUAAAAGAUGGAUCUACGCGCGAAACGCAGCAACGACCGGCAGAAUAUGCGCCGAAAUGCUUCAGGCUGAGUUUCUUCCAGGGGUUGUCACCCACCGGACAAAAGACCCAUCCAGCCUUGAACGCAAGCUUCGUCAACGGGAGCGCUUGCGUAAGCGACUGUACCCAUCGAAAGAAGACGUCCAGGACGAGAUCUCAGACCUCGCAGGAGUUCGCAUCGCUCUAUGUUUCCCUCGAGAUAGAGAGCGCGUGCAGGAUGCACUAAGUCAACGAUUCGAUAUCGAAUUGAAGAAAAGCUAUGGAGAAGUAAACACCAACAGUAUUGCUCGGGAUACUUCUAGCAACAUUCAUCAGCGUCCAGGCUAUUGCGCCACCCAUUGUUGGGUGUAUUUGAGAGAAAGCGAGCCACAGGCGCGAGACGGAUCAAGAAGGCGGAGAGUAGAAAUACAGAUCGUUUCUAUGUUGCGGCAUGCCUGGGCUCAAUUUGAACAUGACGCUGUGUAUAAGGCACAAUCGAAAAUGAAUCUCGAGGAUCGCCAGCUCCUGCAUUCCUUGAGCUCUGCCAUUCACCGCGGAGAAUGGCUCCUGAACUGCAUGUCCGAAAACGAAGCCGUCCGACAUACAUCGACUGAUCUGCUGUUCGAAAUGGUGUAUGAGGUAGGAUGUUUGGUUGCGGAUGUGGCCAAGCAGGAAAGUCGAGCGCGGGGAACCACAAAGCCCUUAGAGGAGUUCUUGCGAAAUUUGAAGAUGGCGAGACCCAAACGCUCGUCCGGUCUAAUCUCGAAGGCACGCUUAUAG